ACAAUUGAAUUAAAUAAUAAUAAUAACAAUUAAUUUUCAAUUAAAUAAAUAAUAAAAAUUAUUUAUUAAAAUUAUUUUAUUUCAAUCAUUAUAAAUAUUAUUAAAUUAUUUAAUUAAUUUCUAAAAACUAAUUAAACAAAAAAAAAAAAAAAAAAACUAAUGUUUACCAUCUAAGUUGUAAUAUUUUUUUCAUGGUUUAAACGUCAAUGUACUAAAAAUUUUCAUUGCGGCCAUCUUUCCAAGUGUUUUCGGAUAAUAAAAAAAAAUAUAUCCAACACGAAAACAUGGCUGGUAGAACUUUGCUGAUGUCCUUGGUGAGAAGGAAUCUUGUUAAUGGUGUAAGAUCAUAUUCAAAUGAUGCACCACCAAUAAAUGUCAAAUAUGGUAAUCGUGAAGUUGUUGGAUUUGGUCUUAAUGGUGAAGCAUCAUAUUUAGAUCUUGAAGAUUUUCCAUAUCCAGCAAUUCGUUAUAAGGAAAUAACACCAGACAUUCAAGCACUUAAAGAAAAAGAAAAAGGUGAUUGGAAAAAAUUAAGUACAAAUGAAAAAAAAGAACUUUAUCGUGCUAGUUUUUGUCAAACAUUUGCUGAAAUUGAUGCACCAACUGGUGAAUGGAAAUCAAUAACUGGUUGUGCUGCUUUUGGUAUUGGUAUUGCAUUGUGGAUAUUCAUUUUACUCAAAACAUAUGUUUAUCCACCUCUACCACAUACUUUCUCAAGAGAAUGGCAAUUGGCAACUUAUGAUCGUCUGGUUAAACUUGAUGCAAAUCCAAUCUGGGGUGACUGGAAACGUAAAGAAAAAUAAAUCAAUUUAUUAUACAUUUUUGUUUGUUUUUUUUUUUUUUUUCAAAGUAGUA